AAUUUGAUUUUUUUUUUUUGAAAUUACCAAUAAUCCUAAUGUAUUUUUAACGAGGCAUAAGCAUGAUAAGUAUUUCAUAAAAAAUGAUGAAUACCAAAAUAAGGUUGACUUUCUAUAUUAGUAUAGAUUCUUAAUUCUAAAACUGUCCUCAAUUAUUCAACAAAAAAAAAAAAAAACACAAAGAAUUCUUGUGAUUUUCUGAUUUUAUUUGUCUUAUUUCAAAAAUUAAUUUAUUUUUAUUUGUUGUAGAAAUUGCUGAUAUGAUUAAUUGUCAUGCUUGGAUUUCAAAGGGUAUUCGCGAAUAAUGAGUGCAUAUAUACAAGUCUAUCCCAAUUCCAACUAUAUUCUUGUAUUCGUAGUAGUGAACCUUCAUGAUUAAAAUGAUACAAAAAUUAAAGGAAUUCGACUAAUUUGAAAUUUUUGUCUAUAAGUAGGGUAAUCCUCAAUUAUAAGGUUAUGGAUGCAGCCAUAUUGUAUGUUAACCCUAGUAAUUUUUUAAAAGAAAAAAUUUAUUAUAUUAUUUAGAAGAAAAAAAAGUAUUUUUUUCACCAAUCAAUUGUGACACAUUUAUGAUAUUUUUUUAAAAAAUAGAUUUUUUUUUUUGGGUUUAACUAGCUUUUUUUGUUUGAUUUGUUUACUGAAAGAGUACCACUCAUAUAUUUUAGUGUUAAUUUUUUCUUUUGACUUUGAAAGUGAACUAUUAAUUUUUUAAAAAAUAAUUUCUCAUAUACAAAUGACAUGUAUAGCAAACAAAUUAGGUAAACAGAUAUGUCUUAACUACUAAUAUUUCAAAAUGUUUUUUUUUUUUAAUACCUAACAUGCUUUGAACUAAAAACCUAAUAUAGUAAAAAUUUAAAUUUCAAGUAUGUGUUACUUAGAAACCUUGUAAAGGUGAUAACUAUUAGUAUUUUAAAAUAAAAUUUAGUCUUUGGAUUACUAUUUAAAAUCAUUUUACGAAGGCAAUUGUUUUUAUUGAAUUCUGUCCCUCUUAUUAAGAAAUAUGCCUUGAAAAAGUUUAAAUAUUUUUUAAAGUGCAAUGGCAAUUUAAAUAAAUGUGUAAUUGUUUAUAUUUGAUAUUUAUUAAGGUUUUUUUUUUAAAAAAUUUAAUAAAGUCAUGCGACUAUAAAUGCAAGAAAGCUAAACUUAAAUGAAAUCAAAGAAAUAACUUUUUCUCAUAUAUUUAUAUAUCCUUUAACAACACAAAAUUUUAAUUUCGCAUCACCACCUGCGGUUGGCAUCUGCGGCUUGCAAGCAUUAAGCAGCUGGCAAAUAUGCAUGCGUGGCCAAACCCACUUUCGAAGCUGUCUCAUUGUUUGCUUGCCACCUCAUUGUUUGCUUGCCACCUCUCCUCUCUUCUUGUCUGAGACAAGGAGAUGAGAGUUUUAAAUUUUGAAGUGAUUGAAAGAGUCUCUCUCUCUCUCUCUCCCUCUAGGGUUUUGCAUUGUUACAGUUCUUCGUUUCUGGCUCAGCUGGUGUUCAUAUUUCAAUUUUCUGUUUCCUUCUUAUUGCGUCUAACAGUGGAUUCUGGAAGAUAUUACUCCAUCAACUGAAUUGUACAGGUUAUCUUAGUCCCAAUGGUAUGCUCAGUUGGAAGUAGGAGAAUGGCAGCCAUGGCUAGGAUUUUGGCUACUGGAAGUUUUUCACAAACUGCAGUAGAGGAAGUUUGUCACCAGAAAUUAGCUGCUCAGUACAUACAAAGAGAAUUGCGUGAGGCAGAUGAAGCAAAUUUGCUUGACGAAGAAGAUAUGCAAGUAUUUGGUUUGAAUCCUAUGGAAGAUCCUUUACAUUUGGUAUGUUGCAAUGCCUGUAAGAAGCCAGUCAAGAUCAGCCAAUAUGCUGCUCAUGCAGAGCUAUGCAGGUGGUUAAAUUCUAUAGGAGAAACUCUUUCAGAGGUUCAUGGUGGUACAGGACAUAAGAAGCCUCCAAGGAAGGAGAGGAAAAAGUUACUUGCUGCCCAUGCUAAUCAAGCUACUGCCAUUGGAGAGCAAGGAAAGCCUGAACCUGUAGAUGCAAAUGAUACUGCUGCAUCAAGAUCCCAUUUGGAUGUACAAAUUGGAACGACAUCUUCAUUCUUUGUAGGGAAGAAAGUUUGUGUAGAUACAGCACCGCUAAUGAAUGAUUCGGGGGUUAGUAUUGGAAACGCAGAUUGCUUAGCAGGUGUAAUGCCUCCUCCAAUGAAACGUUCUAAAUUGAUAGCAGUUGAGGGUCUACCAACAUCGGAUGUUCUGGAAGCAGCAUGUGGUGUAACCAAAAAUACUUGCAUAAGUAGACCGGAGGCAGCUAUCAAUGUUCCAGCCCCACUCGCAACCAAAAUCUAUUACUCUCAAAGAAAUCAUCGUUUCCGAUCUGCAAUUGGUCAUCUUUUCAACGAGGCAUCGGCUAAGGAGCAUUGCUCAGACUUGGCUAGUUCGAAGGGAUUACAGGGAAUUAUGAUGCCAUCACAGGCUUCAUCUUCCAAGGAACUUUCACUUGAACAAGUGGAUGACCAUGUGAAAAAGAAGAGGGAGAAAUACACAUUGCCUUCUGCUCGGGAUGCUGAUCAUGUACAUCCCCAAAGUUCAGAAGCUCGCUUUUGUAAAUCAGGAGCAUGCCUACCAGCUGCAAACUGCUCAAGUCAAUUUCCUGUUAAUAAUGUCUUAAAGCAUCAUGCAGCACCUGUUGGGAUAAUGCGAAGCAAAUAUCUUCCAAAGCCUUAUUCAAUUGCAGGCAAUUCAGGAACACCGCUGGUUGUGAUGCAGCAGUCUAAUGGAAGUGUUCCUGUUAUAUAGGAGGUGUAGUUGCAUUUUUUGCUAGGCAAAGGUAAUUAUUUUGGCCGAACACAUGAUGUUUAAUCCCACUUGUCACUGACGCGGGAAAAUUAAUCAAUGUUCAUUCUAGUUUUGGCAUUGAGUUUGAUGUGUGGCCUUUAUUUAAUUUUGAUGGAAAUAAAUGAAGAACAAAUAGAUUUGCCAUGGCUUCUCAUUUGAAGAAUGCUUCUUUAGGUUCUGGACAGUGCUAAGUUCUUCCUCAUUAAUAAUUACCUGGCUUAAUGAGCUGUAUAUAACUAGCACAUAGUUUUUUUUCUGGGGGAUCACAGACCUCAAGUCAAGAAGUAUUGCUGAAUGCAAAGCAACAUGCAUAUUUCCUGCCAUGUAUUUUGAAUCUCUGAUUUCCCUCAGGACAAAUAAGCUUCGGCCUCGGGGGAUUUCCUGGGUUCUCACAGGAGGAAGAAGAAAGGAUUUGAAUAAUCCAGAAAGAUUCUGCAGUGCUUGGAGCUCCAGCAUCUACGGAAAAGAAGGGAUUGAGGCUAAUUUGCACAAGACAAAAGUGCAACUUCCUUUCAUUCCUCCCCUCUUCUUUUCCUCUGCUCUAUUUGGAAAAGAAGGGGAUUGGGUGUUCCCGGGUCUCCAACACAACUUCCAACUUCCAGAAAGUCGCAAUUAAUAUAGUUUUUGUUCUGAAAUUUCUCUUAAAAGUGCUUGUUUAUAUUCCCAGAAGUUGUGAAUGCUGCCCCCUGUAGUGGCCGAGAUACUUCCUGGGCUGUACUCAAUGUGAUGCCCAGGUUAAUGGUGAACAUUUUGCCUCUGUGAAUUGCACGCUGCAUCUUUGUUUU